CAAUAUCGAUUUUGCACCCUACAAACAUAGAAAUGAAUAACCACUUCUCUUCCUAAGCUUCGCAUGCAAUAAGUGCAAGCAAUAUGUCGUUUGAUCCCAGCAGGAUUUCCAAGGCCGACGCAGCUGCUUAUACUUCUUCAUCGUCCGACGAUGACGAUGACGACGGGUAUCUACAGCCGUCUGUUGAUCCGCGAGCUGACGACUUUGCUGAUCUCAACCCUCGUAAACGAAGACGGACCGGUCGCAACGCGAAAGAAAGUGCUGCCUUAGGAAUAUUCGGCUCCGAAAGCGAAGACGACGGCCCAGGCAGGAAGUGGAAAUCUAAGAAGGACUUGCGCCAUAAGAAUGUAGCAUUCGUUUCGGCUGGGCAGAAAGAUUUGAAUUCGACCCUUGACGACGAUGACGAUGACGAUUACGAAGACGAAGAUGAGCCUAGCAGUCACCCUGGCUUGGGAGCGAAAGACUCGACCUCGAAAGCGCAACGGUUGGAAGAUGAUGAGUAUGGGGAGGACGAAGAUGAAGAAAUGACUGGGUUCGGUCUGGGAUUUGGUGCUUCUGCGCGUAGCCUAGGUUGGGCACCUUCCUCUCGAUCGCAAACAAUGUCAGCCUCUGGGGAUACACCAAGCAAACCGCCAAAGAUUAGGUCUGUGUAUGAUGGAAGUACACCUCUAGGAAAGGGAUUCGUCCCAUCAUCUGCGAACGAACCCGUCUUAAAAGCAAAUAUUGACGAUGGACCGUCUCUGGCAUCUCAGACCCCUAAACCGGGCGCAUCCGGUAAAGGGGGAAAGGCCAAGUCCUUCGCAGCUCGGAUGAUGGAAAAGAUGGGUUAUGUCGAAGGCCAGGGUCUCGGCGCUCAAGGUCAAGGAAGAAACGUCAUUAUCGAGGCGACUCUGCGUCCGCAGGGUGUCGGUCUUGGUGCUGUUAAAGAGAAGUCGCAGCAAGAACGCAAGGAGGAAAAGCGACAGGCACGUAUGCGUGGAGAGGAGGUGGUUGACUCGGACGAGGAGAGAAAAGAAAAACGCGAAAGGAGGAAGAAGGGCAGAGACAGCAUAGCUGGUAGCGGCGCAAGCACUCCAAAGAAGCCUAAGACCAAAUAUCUAACCGUCACCGACAUUCAAAAAGCCGCGCCCGGUCUCCAUAUACCGGACGCAUUUACCCCGAUCCUAGAUCUUACUGGGCGCGAUCAGAAACUCCUGACGUCUGGCUCGGGGUUAUUAACACCCACAACUGGCACCGAAGCGACAGCGCAGACGGAGGCACGCAAGUUGACAAGGCGCGCACAAGGUGACCUUGCGGCAUUUGUUGAAGAAUGGAAGAAUCUCGAGGAUCGGAAAGCAUGGCUCGCCAUGGAAGAAACGCAACGUCAACAGGAGCUCGACGAACUUAAGGAUAGCUUCUCGGUGCUCAGUGUGGUCUCAUCCGUCCUAGAUGGAGUUAGCAAAGCCGCCCAUGAGAGGGACUGGGAUCAUGUCAUAUCGGGGCUCAAGAAAGCCGAAUCUACAAUAUCAACUCGCGGCGACGAAGAGAUCGCGGCGCUCUCAGUGUCUGCCAUUCACCCUUUUCUGAGGGAUGCUAUUCAAGGGUGGCAACCUUUGGACGACCCCAAAUUAGGUAAAUUUGCCUCUGAUCUUUCGGACAUUCGAGGAUUACUGGGUCUCACCAAAGCUCCCAAUGGGACUGCUAUUACAAAGUGGAAUGACACUGAGAUAGAUGGCACACAUCGUCAUCAUAUCAGAUCAACAACACCUUGGGAAAGCAUGAUCUAUCAAAUCAUCUUCCCUAAACUUGUCACAGCCAUUUCCCAGACAUGGGAUGUCCAUGACGCCACGCCUGUCCUGGAAUUCUUUGAGAGGUGGCAACAACUUCUGCCUGAUUUCGUCCGCUUGCAGCUCCUUGAGCAAGUAGCAAGGCGACUCGACGAGGGUAUUAAUAAUUGGAAGCCAAGAAAGAGGCACGAAAACUUGCAUAUAUGGUUAUUUCCUUGGCUUCAGCAUCUCCCGACUCACCAUCUUGAGCCGAAAGGCCCUGGGCUGGUGGGAGAAGUGAGGCGCAAAUAUAGGCAACUGAUCAAUACGUGGGAUUUCUCGAAAGGCGUAGUACCCGGUCUCAAGCAGUGGAAAGACGUAUUCCGCCCGUCCAAGGAACAGGACCAGUGGAAACCUUUAGUCAUGCAUCAUAUCCUCCCAAGCCUUUCUCGAUACCUGCGCAUUAAUUUCCGAGUCGACCCAAGCGAUCAAGAGCCAUAUCUAGAUAUGCUUAACGGGGCGCUUAAAUGGACAGAGGUUAUCUCCACGUCCAUGGUAGGGGAGGUUAUAGCUUCAGAAGUGUUUCCUAUGUGGCACGACGUUCUCUACCAGUGGCUCACCAGCGCAGAUGCCAACUACGAAGAAGUCGGCGCGUGGUUCGAAUGGUGGAAGGAUCAAGCAUUACCAAAUGAGAUAUCGUCUUUGCCGAGUGUCGCGGCCGAGUUCGAAAAGGGUAUGACUAUGAUCGAAGCUGCUCUAGAUCUCGGCAUCGACGCAAAACACCAACUCCCUCGACCGGACGGACAACCUGCCCAUCAACCGAAAUCCAAAUCGCAUAAAUCAAAGGCAGAUAGGAAGCCCGACCUAGCGCCGCCGCCGCAGCAGCAGCGGCCUCUAGAGAAAGAAGAACCUACCUUCCGCGACGAGGUAGAGGAUUGGUGCCAAGAGAACGAUCUCCAGUUUAUCCCGAUUCACAAGGCCAACGAAGAGGGCAAACACUACUUCCGCAUCACAGCACGUAUGGAUGGGAAGGGAGGCGUGUUGGCGUAUUUCAAGGGCGGCGAUAUUUUGGUUGUCGAAUCCCGGAAGACAAAUUUAACAUUGAAGCGAUAUACGAAAGAGGAUUGGGGUCUCCUUCUCGAGCCCCUGUACCAGGAAGUCGAGCAAGGCGGGAGAAGAUGAAAACAUGUGUAUCAAGAAUUACUUCAAAAAGGGGUAAAAGAAGGCACCAGCAGUCAAUAAAGCCACAGAUCAGGAUUUAAUCACUGCUCGUCACCGCUUCGCUAACACGUUGCCCAUAUGGUCACAACCUGAAUUGGAUUUAUCAAGCUAAAUAGUAUUGCGGUUGUCUCUUGGAACCUUACAUGGUCAUCAAUGAAAUUGAGGGAAGGGAUCAUGGUCUCUAAACCCGCCGCCUACUCUUUCCGACAGACAUAUUGCUAC